UCGACGCCCACAUAUCGCACACAUCACCAUGCUGCAUUACCCCACCGUCGUCGACCUUCCCGACGACAAGCGAGAACCGCACGAGUCGAAUGUAACUUAUGCGACGUCGGCUUCGAUCAUCGGUGCACGAAGUCAUUCCGUCGGCAGUCCCCCGAUGUCGAACCCGUCGUCCCAGACUCGGAACAAUGAGACACUUCUCGUGCUGCCGAGAUCUAGGAGUGCCCCUACCCUUGUAGCGCUAGAGGUCGAAUCGAUGGCAUUUGCGAUGGUGCAUUCUCCCAACAAAGACUCGGUUUGGCGAUGGGGACAGCCUGCCUUUCUCAUGUGGGAGCGACGCGACAUGUCGGUGUCAGAGGUCCGGAUUGUGUUGCGUCGGAAAGGCGCGAAUGCUUGCACUAUCAUUGCCGAUCACGUCGAGAACAAUGGACUCUUCAUGUACAAGGCCGUGCCAGCAGGAACCACACCCGCAGCCGACUAUUUCAUUUCGAUAAUGUCCAUGGAUAGCACACAGAUCGUUCGCGGCGACUUGUUCACCGUCGUCGCGUCAUGAGAGCUUAUCCCUAAUAUACACCGAUAUUUAUUUUAUUUCUUUUCGAUAAAAAUACAAAUCAGU